AUGGUCCUCUGGCUUAACGGUCUGGUUCGCUUCACCUCUAGUGCACCACCAGAAGCACGCGCAAGUAGAUUCAGCUGUUCCACCGUUCACGGUGAUGCCUCUUUAGACGCAUUUCACGGGGUCUUCGUAUUCGAGGAUUGCUAUAAAAGCCGUCUGGAUGUCCUCGAAAUUGUCCACAAUCAAUUCCUAUCCUUGCAGUCUCAGUACUACAACCACAAAAAACCCACUCUCUCAACAAUGUCAUUUUCAUCUUUGAAGUUUGCUGUCCUCGUUUGCGUCGCUCUUGCGAUGCAAUCAACCGCUGCACCCACACCUUCCAAGCGUGGUGACGAUGCUGGUAUUCCUGGCUGGAAGCCCUGGUAUGGCGUUGUACCUGUGAUCCCCUCCACAACUGCCGAAAGUAAUAUCAACGCACCUGGCAUUCCAGGUUGGAAGCCAAUCUAUGGUGUUGGACCCGUCAUUCCAUCUCAGACUCCUACUAAGGUUGCUGAACGCGACGUCGACGUCGACGCGCCUGGCAUCCCGGGAUGGAAACCAUGGUAUGGCGUAGGCCCUGUGAUCCCCUCGAAAGCCGCUGGCGACGAUUCUGACGUCGAUUCGCCCGGUAUUCCAGGCUGGAACCCCCACGCCGGAGUCGGCCCAGUAAUCCCGUCCGCGACUCCUACAAAGGUCGUUAAACGCGAUAGUGAUGUCGAUGCACCAGGUAUCCCGGGGUGGAAGCCCAUUUACGGUGUUGGACCUGCAAUCCCGUCACAAACCAGCGAAAGUGACAUCAAUGCCCCUGGUAUCCCAGGGUGGAAGCCCAUUUAUGGUGUAGGACCUGUGGUCCCCUCCAAGCACGUUGAAAGGGAUGAGGGAAACGCAGGCAUCCCGGGCUGGAAGCCUUGGUACGGUGUCGGACCAGUGGUUCCCUCCCAAACCGCAGAAAGCGACGCCGGUAUCCCAGGAUGGAAACCCAUCUAUGGUGUUGGCCCCGUUAUUCCGUCGGAGACCGCUCAGAGCGACGCACCCGGAAUCCCGGGAUGGAAGCCCAUCUACGGUGUUGGACCUGUAGUCACCGCCACGCCUACUCCCACUCACAACUGA